UCCCAUUUCUGCAACCAACAUUCAUUCUUCCAAUACUAAUCUUAAAGAACCCGAGCUUUGAGAUGAAUUACUUCGGAAAAGGAGCCGUUCUCGUCUUGCUGCUCAUCCUCGCUGCUCAGGCGUUGGAGGGCCGUCUCCAGUCUUGCAACCCGAGUGGCAAAAUCAGAGGAAAGAAGCCACCUCCGGGGCAAUGCAACCAGGAAAACGACUCUGAUUGCUGUAAACAGGGGAAGCUCUACACUACUUACAAAUGCUCACCCCCCGUCUCUGGCAGCACGAAGGCAGUUCUCACCAUCAACAGCUUCCAGAAGGGUGGAGACGGAGGCGGACCAUCAGAGUGUGACAAUCAGUACCACUCUGAUGACACUCCAGUCGUCGCUCUAUCAACUGGCUGGUACAGCGGAGGGAGCAGAUGCCUCAACAACGUGACUAUAAGUGGCAAUGGCCGGAGUGUGACAGCAAUGGUGGUGGAUGAGUGUGAUUCCACCAUGGGAUGUGAUGAGGUUCACGACUAUCAGCCACCGUGUCCUAACAACAUUGUUGACGCCUCAAAGGCUGUCUGGAAAGCCCUGGGGGUUCCUGAAGGCGACUGGGGCGGCUUGGAUAUCACUUGGUCUGAUGCUUAAUGCUUGUUUAAAUGAUGUAAGGAUAUGUUGUAUCGCCUUGUAAAUCAUCUUAUGCUCGUAUGAAUAUUACUUUGAGUCUUGGUGUUCA